GGCGGGGCCUGGGCUCCGGCAGCCCGCGCACUUGGCAGGAGCUGCAGCUGCCGCCGCCCGCGCCUCCGAGGUCUCACCGCCUGCUCUGCAGAGACCCGGGCUCCGCCGCCAUGUCCGUCGCGGACGAGGUUGACGGGCUGGGCGUGGUCCGGCCGCACUAUGGCUCUGUCCUGGAUAACGAGAGACUUACUGCAGAGGAGAUGGAUGAAAGGAGACGCCAGAAUGUGGCUUAUGAGUACCUUUGCCAUUUGGAAGAAGCAAAGAGGUGGAUGGAAGCAUGCCUGGGGGAAGAUCUGCCUCCCACCACGGAACUGGAGGAGGGACUUAGGAAUGGGGUCUACCUCGCUAAACUAGGAAACUUCUUCUCUCCCAAAGUGGUGUCCCUGAAAAAAAUCUACGAUCGAGAGCAGACCAGAUACAAGGCAACUGGCCUCCACUUCAGACACACUGAUAACGUGAUUCAGUGGUUGAAUGCCAUGGAUGACAUUGGAUUGCCUAAGAUUUUUUACCCAGAAACUACAGAUAUCUAUGAUCGAAAGAACAUGCCAAGAUGUAUCUACUGUAUCCAUGCACUCAGUUUGUACCUGUUCAAACUAGGCCUAGCUCCUCAGAUUCAAGACCUGUAUGGAAAGGUUGACUUCACAGAAGAAGAAAUCAACAACAUGAAGAUUGAGCUGGAGAAAUACGGGAUCCAGAUGCCUGCCUUCAGCAAGAUUGGGGGCAUCCUGGCUAAUGAACUCUCUGUGGAUGAGGCUGCAUUACAUGCUGCUGUUAUUGCUAUCAAUGAAGCUAUUGACCGUAGAAUUCCAGCUGACACAUUUACAGCUCUGAAAAAUCCUAAUGCCAUGCUUGUAAAUCUUGAAGAGCCGUUGGCAUCCACGUACCAGGAUGUACUUUACCAGGCCAAGCAGGACAAAAUGGCAAAUGCUAAAAACAGGACAGAAAACGCUGAGAGGGAAAGGGACGUGUAUGAGGAGCUGCUCACUCAAGCUGAAAUCCAAGGCAAUGUAAACAAAGUCAAUACAAUUUCUGCGUUAGCCAAUAUCGACCUGGCUUUGGAGCAGGGAGCUGCACUGGCCUUGUUCAAGGCUCUGCAGUCACCAGCUCUGGGUCUUCGAGGACUGCAGCAACAGAACAGUGACUGGUACUUCAAGCAGCUCCUGAGUGAUAAACAGCAGAAGAGACAGAGCGGCCAGGCCGACCCCCUGCAGAAGGAGGAGCUGCAGUCUGGAGUGGACGCUGCAAACAGUGCUGCCCAGCAGUACCAGCGAAGAUUGGCCGCAGUGGCAGCGAUCAAUGCCGCAAUCCAGAAGGGUGUUGCCGAGAAGACUGUUCUGGAGCUGAUGAAUCCCGAAGCCCAGCUGCCCCAGGUGUACCCGUUUGCCGCUGAUCUCUACCAGAAGGAGCUGGCUACUCUGCAGCAGCAGAGUCCCCAGCAUAACCUCACCCAUCCAGAGCUCUCUGUCGCAGUGGAGAUGUUGUCAUCGGUGGCCCUAAUCAACAGGGCGCUGGAAUCAGGAGACGUGAAUACGGUGUGGAAGCAGCUGAGCAGUUCGGUCACAGGCCUUACCAAUAUCGAGGAAGAAAACUGUCAGAGAUAUCUUGAUGAGUUGAUGAAACUGAAAGCUCAGGCACAUGCGGAGAAUAAUGAGUUUAUUACGUGGAAUGACAUCCAAGCUUGUGUGGACCAUGUGAACCUGGUGGUACAAGAGGAACAUGAGAGGAUUUUAGCCAUUGGUUUAAUUAACGAAGCCCUGGAUGAAGGUGAUGCCCAAAAGACUCUACAGGCCCUGCAGAUUCCUGCAGCUAAACUUGAGGGAGUCCUGGCGGAAGUGGCCCAGCAUUACCAAGACACACUGAUUAGAGCAAAGAGAGAGAAAGCCCAGGAAACCCAGGACGAGUCAGCUGUGUUAUGGUUGGAUGAAAUUCAAGGUGGAGUCUGGCAGUCCAACAAAGACACUCAGGAAGCACAGAGGUUUGCCUUAGGAGUCUUUGCCAUUAACGAGGCAGUGGCAAGUGGUGAUGUUGGGAAGACACUGGGUGCUCUUCGUUCCCCUGAUGUCGGCUUAUAUGGAGUCAUCCCCGAGUGUGGUGACACUUACCAGAGUGACCUUGCUGAAGCCAGGAAGAAAAAACUGGCAGCAGGAGACAAUAAUAGCAAAUGGGUGAAGCACUGGGUGAAAGGUGGGUAUUAUUAUUACCACAACCUGGAGACCCAGGAAGGAGGAUGGGACGAACCCCCAAACUUUGUGCAAAAUUCUACGCAGCUUUCUCGGGAGGAGAUCCAGAGUUCCAUCUCGGGGGUGACGGCCGCGUAUAACCGAGAGCAGCUGUGGCUGGCCAACGAAGGCCUGAUCACCAAGCUGCAGGCUUGCUGCCGUGGGUACUUGGUUCGACAGGAAUUCCGAUCCAGGAUGAACUUCCUGAAGAAACAAAUCCCUGCCAUCACCUGCAUUCAGUCCCAGUGGCGAGGAUACAAGCAGAAGAAGGCGUAUCAAGACCGUUUGGCUUACCUGCGCUCACAUAAAGAUGAAGUUGUAAAGAUCCAGUCCCUGGCAAGGAUGCAUCAAGCUAGGAAGCGCUACAGAGAUCGCCUGCAGUAUUUCCGAGACCACAUAAAUGACAUUAUCAAAAUCCAGGCAUUUAUUCGGGCAAACAAAGCUCGUGAUGACUACAAGACUCUCAUCAAUGCUGAGGAUCCUCCUAUGAUUGUGGUCCGAAAAUUUGUCCACCUGCUGGACCAGAGCGAUCAGGAUUUUCAGGAGGAGAUUGAUCUUAUGAAAAUGCGCGAAGAGGUCAUCACCCUCAUUCGUUCCAACCAGCAGCUGGAGAAUGACCUCAAUCUCAUGGACAUCAAAAUCGGACUGCUAGUGAAAAAUAAAAUCACCUUGCAGGAUGUGGUUUCCCACAGUAAAAAACUUACUAAAAAAAAUAAGGAACAGUUAUCUGAUAUGAUGAUGAUAAACAAACAGAAGGGUGGUCUCAAGGCUUUGAGCAAGGAGAAAAGAGAGAAAUUGGAAGCUUAUCAGCAUCUGUUUUAUUUAUUGCAGACCAAUCCCACCUAUCUGGCCAAGCUGAUUUUUCAGAUGCCUCAGAACAAGUCUACCAAGUUCAUGGACUCUGUAAUCUUCACACUCUACAACUAUGCAUCCAACCAGCGAGAGGAGUACCUGCUCCUACGGCUCUUUAAGACAGCGCUCCAGGAGGAAAUCAAGUCAAAGGUAGAUCAGAUUCAAGAGAUCGUGACAGGAAAUCCUACUGUUAUUAAGAUGGUCGUAAGUUUCAACCGUGGCGCCCGGGGCCAGAACGCACUGCGACAGAUCUUGGCCCCAGUUGUGAAGGAGAUUAUGGACGACAAAUCUCUCAACAUUAAAACCGACCCUGUGGAUAUUUACAAGUCUUGGGUUAAUCAGAUGGAGUCUCAGACAGGAGAGGCAAGCAAACUGCCCUAUGAUGUGACCCCCGAGCAAGCUCUGGCCCACGAGGAAGUGAAGACACGGCUGGACAACUCCAUCAGAAACAUGCGGGCCGUGACGGACAAGUUCCUCUCCGCCAUCAUCAGCUCUGUGGACAAAAUCCCCUACGGGAUGCGCUUCAUCGCCAAAGUGCUGAAGGACUCGUUGCAUGAGAAGUUCCCUGAUGCUGGUGAGGAUGAGCUGCUGAAGAUCAUUGGCAACUUGCUUUACUAUCGAUACAUGAAUCCAGCCAUUGUUGCCCCUGAUGCAUUUGACAUCAUCGACCUGUCGGCAGGAGGCCAGCUGACCACGGACCAACGCCGGAACCUGGGCUCCAUCGCAAAGAUGCUGCAGCACGCUGCCUCCAAUAAGAUGUUUCUGGGAGAUAACGCUCACCUAAGCAUCAUUAAUGAGUAUCUUUCUCAGUCCUAUCAGAAGUUCAGGCGGUUUUUCCAAACUGCUUGUGAUGUCCCAGAGCUUCAGGAUAAAUUUAAUGUGGAUGAGUACUCCGACUUGGUAACCCUCACCAAACCAGUUAUCUACAUCUCCAUUGGUGAAAUCAUCAACACCCACACUCUCCUGUUAGAUCACCAGGACGCCAUCGCUCCAGAGCACAAUGAUCCGAUCCACGAGCUGCUGGACGACCUUGGCGAGGUGCCCACCAUCGAGUCCCUGAUAGGGGAAAGUUCUGGCAAUUUAAAUGACCCAAAUAAGGAGGCACUGGCUAAAACAGAAGUAUCUCUCACGCUGACCAACAAGUUUGAUGUGCCCGGAGAUGAGAAUGCAGAAAUGGAUGCUCGGACCAUCUUGCUGAACACAAAACGUUUAAUUGUGGAUGUCAUCCGGUUCCAGCCAGGAGAGACCUUGACUGAAAUCCUAGAAACACCAGCCACCAAUGAACAGGAGGCAGAACAUCAGAGGGCCAUGCAGAGACGGGCCAUGCGUGAUGCCAAAACUCCCGACAAGAUGAAAAAGCCAAAGUCUGGAAAGGAAGAUGGCAACCUCACUCUUCAGGAGAAGAAACAGAAGAUCCACACAGGUUUGAAGAAGCUAACAGAGCUUGGAACUGUGGACCCAAAGAACAAAUACCAGGAACUGAUCAACGACAUUGCCAGGGACAUUCGGAAUCAGAGGAGAUACCGACAGAGGAGAAAGGCUGAACUGGUGAAAUUACAACAAACAUACGCUGCUCUGAACUCUAAGGCCACCUUUUAUGGGGAGCAGGUGGAUUACUACAAAAGCUAUAUCAAAACCUGCUUGGAUAACUUAGCCAGCAAGGGCAAGGUCUCCAAAAAGCCUAGGGAAAUGAAAGGAAAGAAAAGCAAAAAGAUUUCUCUGAAAUAUACGGCAGCAAGACUACACGAAAAAGGAGUUCUACUGGAAAUUGAGGACCUGCAAGUGAAUCAGUUUAAAAAUGUUAUCUUUGAAAUCAGUCCAACAGAAGAAGUUGGAGACUUUGAAGUGAAAGCCAAAUUCAUGGGAGUUCAAAUGGAGACCUUUAUGUUACAUUACCAGGACCUACUGCAGCUACAAUAUGAAGGCGUCGCAGUCAUGAAAUUAUUUGACAGAGCUAAGGUAAAUGUCAACCUUCUGAUCUUCCUUCUCAACAAGAAGUUCUACGGGAAGUAAUUGAUCAUUUGCUGCCGGCCGGGGAGGAGGAAGGAAAGCAGCGCCCACAGCGGCCUGUCUGGGCUCCUCCUUCACUCCCUGGGAGCAAAGACCCAGCCGGCAGCGAUGCCUCCGUCUGCUGCACUCCUGACGCCACACUGUUAACUGCUCUGCUCUGACCGGACAUUCGUUGUCCUUUCUUCAUAGUGAAACUUUGUUUCAGGCUUAGUCUGACCUUUCUGGAUCCUUCAUUUUCUUCCAUCACUUAGGAAAGUGUGGAACCUCCAGUAAAAUCUCUCUGUUGUUACAGUCUUAGAGGUUGCAUUGCUGUAUCGUAAGCUUUAAUGUUUGUUUUAAUUAGCGGUGGGGACAGUAGGACUUGAGUUCUUGUUAUUCAGAAGGGGAACUGUUAGCACCAGUAACACACAUACAUAUGAGAUACACAGCUAAAAGGCCAAGUUAUCAACACUUAGUAGGUUGUCAUUUAGAAGCGAAGUUUCUUUAUAUUUCUGUCCCAUCAGUAAGAUUGAAGUAUGUGGGGGAUCAUUGGUUCUUUUCUAUUCUGUUUGCCUUUAUGGGCAGGAGCUAAUGCAAGUCACUGUUUUGUCUUCAAAGGAAGCAUUUCUAGAAAAAAAGGAGAUACCAUUUUUAAAUUUCACCAUCAAAUCUCAGCAAUUCCAUUUGUGUGACUCCCUCACCAGUGGAAGAGGGAAUCUCACUGAUAAAAUCUGGCUGUUUCGGUAAAUUCAGAACGGGCUGAGGCACCCGCCCGUUCUUAUCGGUGCGCAGAGAUCGACUCAGUUCCCGGAGAUGGUCCUCUCCGUCCUCACAGCGGAGGAAUGGCUUAGCCCUGGCAUAGAAUGGAAUUGUUUUUUUAACUGUUUUAUAUCUUGAGCGCCUUAUUAAAGCAUAGAUUUAUUUCUUAAAAUGUGGGUAAUAGGAAUUUUAAAGAUUUAUAUAAUGCUACAAAAGCCUUUAGAAUACUCUUAAGAAAAGAGUUUUUUUAAAAAUUGGUUUAUCUGUAUAUCUGAACUCUUAAAACUUUUAUAGCUAAAACACUAGGAUUUAUCUACAGGGUUACAGAGAGAGUCCUGCCUUAAAUAGUCUAAAAUAAAACCAAACAAAACCAGCCAACCCACGUCACACUUGAGAUUAAAAUAAAUUUCCCCCAUUUCUUUCUCCUCUUUUGCUACCCACAUUAUGCCUUUAUUUUAUGAACCCCAGUUUGCUGGACCUAUUCAAAAAUAAUUCAUUUCUAAACAUUGAAUUUAGGAAGAUUUUGUUCAUGGAUAAAAAGUCAUGUAUACUUAUUUUUGAAAAAAAUGUUUAUCCAGGAAAAUAUAUUGAAAUCAUGCUACUGAGCCUCUAUUUCCUUUGAUGUUUUGGUUCAGUGUUCUUUUAUCAUAAAACUUAAUAUACAUUUAAAAAUUUACUGAUGUAUAUUUAAAGCCAAUAAAUUGUUUUGAUUAAUAACAAAGUGCUGCGUGUCCCUAUUACAAGUGCAGGUGCUGGAGAAGUUGCUGUGAGACCGUUUUCUCAGCCCCGUGGUGCAGUGCGCAGCGCAGGGGAGGGGCUCACCAGUACCUCGGUUUUUGUUGUAUUUUGGAAGACAGUUUUUUUAGUAAACAUUUUUCUCAGCUUAAAAGAAUAUGCUGUUACAACUAGCAUCACCUCAAAAACUGGGACCAACCAAGUGUGUCAACCCUGUUUCCUUAAAAGAGGGUAUCCGUCCCAAAGGCCACAUCCAGACAGACAAUAGUCAGCAAAGUUUGUAACUCCUUUAAUAAAACGAUUCAAUUAUUUGUAAGGAUUAUGGUUCCCUUAACAAGCAACUUCCACUGCAAAAUAGCACAAAAUGCACUUCAAGAAUGUUGAUGUGAUGACGACUCUAUAGAAUUACGAAGACCAUAGAGAAUCCCUAACUCAAGUUGUGGCGCUCAAACCACGUGGCUUCCAGAUUUUAUUUAUUAGCCGUAGUAUUCUUUGUCUCAUCUCUCCUUCUUUGACCUUCUCUUCAAGCAGCCAUCAUGACAUUUACCGUGAAUUUACUUCCUCCCGAGAGUUUGGACUGUGCUGCACACAAUUGCCUUUGUAUCUCUGUAUGAAAUAAAAGGUCAUUUGUUCA